CCUGUGAUGACGUGUAUCCCGCUGGAGCCGGCUGCUCGCUGUCACUUCCUGGUUGUGUGAGCUUUGAUCCCGGAGUUCGUUGCCAGCGCUGAGCGACAUGUCUCACCAGACCGGCAUCGAGGGUGAGUCCCGGCCGGCGGCCAUCUUAUACCCCAUACACAGAGCGGCCAAGGAGAACGGCCAGCCCUGCCUGGGAGCAUGGAGGGACUGGAAGACCUCUCUGGAGACUCCCUCCUCCCCCCAGCCACCAGUCAUUGUAUCCAGGGUACACCUACAUAGUGUCUGCAGCAGCUAACUAACUAACUAACUACAUAGGGAAACAGAGAAAGUACCCUGCAGAAACAUCAUCAUCAUAAUGGGGGGAAAAAAUUAAUAAUAAUAAUAAUAGAAAAUAAUGGAAGAAAAUAAUAAUGGAAAAUAAUGGGAAAAAAUGAAUAAUUAUAGAAAAUAAUAAUAGAAAAAUUUAAUAGAAAAUGGAAAAAAUGAAUAAUAGAAAAUAAUAAUAAUAAUAGAAAAAUGUAAUAAUAGAAAAUAAUAAUGGAAAAAAAAUAGAAAAUAAUAAUAAUGGAAAGUAAUGGGAAAAAUUAAUAAUGAUAGAAAAUAAUAGAAAAAUGUAAUAGAAAUAUGUAAUAAUAAUAGAAAAUGGAAAAAAUGAAUAGAUAAUAAUAAUAAUAAUAAUAGAAAAAUGUAAUAGAAAAUAAUAAUAAUAAUAGAAAAAAACAGAAAAUAAUAAUAAUGAAAAAAUGUAAUAAGAAUAAUGGAAAAAAAUUAAUAAUAGAUAAUAAUAGAAAAUAAUAAUAAUAGAAAAGUGUAAUAAUAGAAAAUAAUAAUUUAGGAAAUAAUGAUAAUAGCAAAAAUUACAUUUUAAAAUAACUUAUAAAAUAUAAAUCUAAUAAUAUUAUUAGGAAAAAGUUACAUUUAAAAAUAAUAGAAAACCAAUAGCUAAAAAAAAUGAAAAAUAGUAAUCAUGGAAAAAUAAUAAUAUAAAAAAAUUAUAUUGUGGAAAAAAUAAAUGAAAAAUAAUUUUAACAUUAAGCUUUACCUUAAUAAAAUAUUUAGUUUGAUAUGAAAUAUGUGUUUACUAAUUAACCUAUUGGUGGUGUGGGUUCUCUGCAUUGCAUGAAUAGAUUCCAUAGUUUGUGCGUUGCUUCUUUGUAAACUUUACCUUUCAUGGUGCAUAUGCUCCAAUUUCUGACAAUUCAUCAAUUUAGAGAAUUAAAAAAAAAAAAAUUGCUACAGUUCUACAGUUGCAGUAUUGUCAAAGUGCUGUUCGGCAUGGGCUGUACUUCAAGCCAAACAUUUGUUCUUUGCACAAUGCAAUAAACAUCACUUAUUUGUUGUAGACGCUUUUGUUAUGAAAUUUCACAAGACUUAAUUUGUGUGAGAACUAGCAAAAAUUAUAAGUAGUUACUACAUGCUACUAAAUGUAUUAUUUAGAAAUAAAUUUUUACUGGAAAUUAUUAUAGAGUUAAUUUGUCUUAUAAUGUUUGCUGGCCAUAACCGGGUUCUUCUGUUGCUUUGUGUCUUCCUGUGUUGCUUCACAUGGUUAUUUUGCUACACACUCAUUGAUUACCAUGCGAGUGCUUAUUACAGAGUAAUUUGCCAGCAGUAGUAAAAAGCCCUUUCAAACAUUUGUAAUUUUAUCAACAUGACAAAAGUACACACUGCACCUUUGAUUCUCUGAUAGCUAGGUCACAGCAGGUUACUAGGUUUGCCUUACUGCAACUUGUAUGUGCAGAAUAUAUAUACAUAGAGUUUAGUUAUUCUCAAAUAUCUGUAACCCCAGUUUCAAUGCAUGGGUUUGUUAUUGGAGACAGGAAGCAUAUACAAUUUAAAAAAAAAAAAAAAAAAGUUUGUGGACACAUCAGUUAUGAGCCGUAUCCCCUGCCCCUCCAUGACAUCUUUCAUUUGUUUCUACCCGGUUUUCUGAAUUGUUGCGUUUCAAGUUAGACUAUACGUACCUAUUGCUUUUCAGUGUAAAUGAAAAUAUCACCCCUUGGAUCUGGAGUUAUGCAUUGAACAGUUUUCACAUUUACCCCUAAAUGUCACUCCUUGCAAUCUGAAAAAGUUCAGUGAUUACUUGCUCAUUUACUGUUGAGAGAGCUUUUUUUAAAAUGAGGAAACUCAACUCUGCAGCAUAACCUGUGAUUAUAUUAAUAACACACACAUUCUGAUUUAGCAUUAACAUUCUGAUUUCAGAAUAUACUUUUAAGAGCCAUGUGCUGUUGGUGACACACUUCAGGUUAUUCAUUAAACUCUGAAUUGUAGUGAAUUAAACCCUAAUGUCAACAUUGAGGCUGAAAGAUGAUUGGGGAAAAAAAUCUCCAGUUUACCUACAGGCACAACGUGGCUAUUUUAGCAUAAAUACAAUUUAGAUUUUAAUUCAUUAAAGUUCUUAGUUUAGCGAAUAACCCUGUUAGCAAUUGGUGUCUAACUGAUAUGGUUAUUUAUUUACUAAAGUAAGAAUUAAAGGGAACUUCAAAUCUAAAGAUAAAGUAACUAAACUGAAAGCAUGGUUGAUUUAGACAAUGUUUCCGGUUUGGCUCCUUUGACUUUAAAUGUGAAAUUCACCCUAAAUUCUCACUUUAGCAAAUCACUUGUCCGUUGUUUUUCCUGUUCCCCUAUUUUAGCUUAAAAUGUAAUUCCUUUGUUAAUUUGCUACAAAGUCAGGUUUAGUUACACAUUAUAUUAUUCAUCUUUAAAUGGAAAACCUUUUUUUUUUUUUUUUUUGUGAGAAUUUCUUUUUUCAUGAUCAGCAUGACGUGGAGGAGGAGGAUACAUAUAUACACACAGACCAAUUUUUAUAAUAUAUGGCACAAAACACAUUUUUAUUCAUGUUUCACUAUUUCUAUAUUUAGAUUUUAAAUAUAUUUUAAAAUAUAUAGGAUUUCUUGUUUUUUGCGUUGUUUAGUGUGUUUCUUCCAUACAUUUUUAUAAAGUGGGAAGAUUUGUUAAAACAGGUGGAUUGAGGUUUUCCACGAUUCACAGCUGAAGCAGCAUGCAUUUUAUUUAUUUCGUUAUUACUGUUGUAUAAACAGUGGUCUAGGAGAUUUGAAUAUUGCCAGAGGUACAUUGCCACCAUCAUUGGAAAUAUUUUGGAAGAUCAAGAUUGCUCAUCCAUGCAUUCUUUAUAAUAUAUUAAUGAUUACAUCAAAUACAUUGAUGGUCAGGAAAUCUACACAGUUUAUAGAGUAACUGAGCUCUUCAGGACAAGAGUUAAGCCAUUUAUUUGAGAAGUCAUGUUGAUUUGUUGAGUGUUGUUAUUCCCAUUUUUUAAAUGUUUUAGUACAUACAACAUUUCUGUCAGUCACUGAUUCUAUAUGUUUGCUUCUGAUCUUAUACCUGUGUUUCUUCCUCAGACAAAGGUAGCAUGUUUUUUUCUGAAUUUAAUCAGAUAUGGUAUUAGGGUGUUUGUUUAUCUUUCACUGUGAAGUCUGUGAUUUUGUUUACCAAUUAUAUUUGUUUAUGACUCGUUAGCUGCUUUAUUUAUUUACUGAUUUGUCCUUGCACCUUGCUAUUAAUGUUGGUUUGUUUGUUUCGUAUGCAAAUCCUAUGUAUAUAGGAGAUUCAACAAGUGAAGUAGAUUAAAAUUUACAUUAAUAGAAUAAUCAGCCCUAACUUGAACAUGCAUAUGGAGAUAUUCCCUGUUUUAAAGACAUUCUAUAGACAGGAUUGAAAGGGAUUGGAGUUUGUCUUUAAUCAAACAAGGUUAUAUAUGAGACUACUUGGUUGCCUGGCAGUUGAGUGUUUCUGACAAUUGAAAUUUUUACAGCUUUGGCCUAAAUGUUGAUUAUAUUGCUGGGGAACAGGUGUAUUUGUAUUGUGAUGACUUUUAUUGCCUGUACGGUUUUAUUAUUUGGGCUUUCCACUGUGAAACGGCCUUUCAAUCGAGAAGAUAAGGGAAUUGUACCAACGUCUGGUCUUGCGUAGUAGUAUGUGGGAUUAUGUUUAUUAGGAUCAUAAGAUGGGGGAUGGCAAUGCUAACCAGGAUGAUAUGGGAUUGAACACAAGGCCUAUCUGCAGAAACAUAUGGUGCCAGCAUCUGUAAGUGAUUUCAGACUGGAACACCAGAGUGCCAUACAGAGAGAUAAAUGAAGAUUGACUUCUUAAGACCAAGUGUUAUACAUUUUUAGACACUGCAGUCUGGUUCCUACUGGCAACAUAAAAUGCCUCGUGCAUGUAGCUACAACAGCUCAAUAUAUAGUUAAGUCAAUAAUUGAGUGGGUUAUUUCCCAUAAGAUAAUUUGAUCCUUAAAGGGACAUUAUAGUCACCAGAACAAUUACAGAUUAUUGUAUUUAUGCUGGUGAGUGUAAUCUUUCCCUUCAGACUUUUUGCAGUAAGCACUGUCUUUUCAGAGAAAAGGCAUGGUUUACAUUACAGCCUAGGGAUACAUUCAGUGGCCACUCCUCAGAUGGCUGCUUGAGGUGCUUCCUGGGGUGUGCAGCACUGCAUUUAAUGUAUCCAGCCUCUGCAUGGAGACACUGAACUUUCCUCAUAGAGAUGCAUUGAUUUAAUUCAUCUCUAUGAGUAGAUGCUGAUUGGCCAGGGCUGUGUUUGGCACUGCCCUUGAUCUGCAUCCUUGGCAGUCUCAGCCAGUCCAAUGCUUUCCUAUGUGACAGCAUUGCGAUUGGCUCAGAACACCACUCCUGAUGAUGUCAGCCAAGCAGGCAGAUCAAGGACAGAUCAUGCAGCAGCAGACUGGAAUAAAGGUAAUAUUUUACUAUAUUUAGGGGAGGGCAAGUGGAGCCGGAGAGGGCUAGAUGGUAGUUUUAACACUAUAGGUUCAGGACUACAUGUGUGUUCCUUAAAAGAACAGACUAUGUCAAUGAAAACUUUUAUUGUUCCUUGAGUGACUAAUAUUAAAUAUGUCUGUGUGUGUACAUAUUGUACACUCUGCAUAUUCUAUAGUUCUCCAUCAUUUUAGCUUUGUACACAAAUAGUCUUGUAUUUUUACUGCAAAGAAUGUUCCUCUUUGUCCUUUAGCAGUACUUGCAGCUAUGAGCAAUUGUUUACACCCAGUCUUACUGGUGACUUUCUUUGUAUGCUGAUAGAUGAGUUUACUCCUUUUAAGACCUUUGCUCUACCGUUCUGAGUGAAGCAUUCUUAAAUUCCAUAACUUUAUUCUCUUUUGAACACACAAAUAGUGUCUCUAGUCUCCUGGCAGCUAUGCAACUGCAUGAACUUUGAGCAAAAUGUUAUGAGUUUAGCAUAGCAAUGCUUUAUGGGUACAGCAGGAAUUCUGCUUUCUGGUGUAAUGGAAAGACCAUUGAUGUUUUAUCAUCAAAUUCUGGCCAUAUGGCAGGAUAGAAUGUCCUGAUUAUUUGGUAGUUGCAGUUCAAUGCAGCCAUUAAAGGGAUACUAUAUGCACCCUGGUCAUUUUAUCUCAUUGAAGUGGUCUGGGUGAAGUAAAAACAUUAUAGCUUCAGAGAAACUGCAAUGUUUACAUAAACCCACCUCUAGUGUCUGUUUACCAGACAGCCACUAUAGGUGCUUCCUGGAUUCUCACGGAGUUGAACUCUAUAAAAAGCUUUGCAUGAGGAUAUCCAGCAUCUUCAAAAUCCCCAUAGGAAAGCAUUGGUGCAACCUUUUCUUAUGGAGAAGCUCUAAUGCGCCUGUAGUGCUUGCCGUGCAUGCGCAAUGGGUUCCUCUUGAUGUUGCGGGAGGAGGAGAGCGACCUGGGUGGAAUGCCUGUCUGGGUGGAAUUAAGGUAAGUGUUAAAAGAGUUUUUAACCCUUUCAUUUGUGAAGGACACAGCUAAAGUAAUAGCAACAGGGGCAGACCAAAGUGUUAAGAAUACAGUUUUGUAUUCCUAUCACUAUAGUGUUCAGACAGAAUUAUUCUGUCAUUGAUCGUUAAGAGGUUACAUCUCUGCUGUCAGAGAUAAAGCAACAACAUGAACUGUUGAAAUUGUUGUAUGAUUGCUUUUUGUUAAUUUUUAUAAGCGUACAAAAUAUGUUUAGAGUUUUAAUAGAUUUUUUUUUGUUCCUUAUUCCAUGAGACAUCAGCUGCGCCAUACUAUUGUAUGAUGCAUAUUGAUUUACAAAGUGAAUGCUAGUUGGUUAUCUGGGAACACUCAACUGUCUUUCGAGCUGCUUGUCAUCUCCUUAUAAGGAGACAUUACUAAACAAGGGUUAAAUAAACGCUAGGGGAUGAUGAGAUUUAUACAUAAAGGUAUUUGCAAUGAAUGGAAUUUUCAGCCAUGGUUGAAAACAAAUUUAAAACUGAUUUAAAGUAAACCCCUUACUAAAUAAGUGUUUUAAAAGAAGGAACAUGUUACGGUUUAUUUUCAUGUCUGGAAGAGAAAUUACAGAACUGAAAUAAGUAGUUAUAUGGCAAUGGAAAAAAACAAACUAAAAGAAAAUACCAAACAGCAUCCAAAUCUUGUUUAUAAAGAAUAAUUAUAGGACCACUAUAGGCACCCAGACCACUUUCACUUAAUGAAGUGGUCUGGGUGCCAGGUCCAGCUAGGAUUAACCCUUUCUUCUAUAAACAUAGCAGUUUCAGAGAAACUGCUAUGUUUACAAUAGGGUUAAUCCAGCCUCUAGUGGCUGUCUCAUUGACAGCCGCUAGAGACACUUCCGCGCUUCUCACUGUGAUUUUCACAGUGAGAAGACGCCAGCGUCCAUAGGAAAGGAUUGAGAAUGCUUUCCUAUGGACUGGCUGAAUGCGCGCGCGGCUCCUUAUGCGCAUUCAGCCGAUGACGUCGCUAUGGAGGAGGAGAGUUCCCCGCCCGGUGCUGGAGAAAGAGGUAAGUUUAACCCCUUCUACCCUCUGGAGCCCGGAGGGAGGGGGGCCCUGAGGGUGGGGGAACCCUCAGGGCACUAUAGUGCCAGGAAAACGAGAAUGUUUGUUUUCCUGGCAUUAUAGUGUUCCUUUAUUUAUGGAUAUUAAACUAGCAGAGGGUUUGAAGUACAGAUGUAUAGAUAUCUGCAUUUUUAUUUUUUGGCUUGGCAAUUUCAAUUUCAAUUUCAGGUAGGCAGGCCAACUGGCAGAACCAUGAGACUACCAUAAAGUAAAUGGACACUAUAGUCACCAAAACAACUUUAGCUUAAAGAAGCAGUUUUGAUGUAUAGCUCAUGCCCCUGCAGUCUCACUGCUCAAUUCUCUGCCAUUCAGGCGUUAAAUCACUUUGCUUAUGAACCCCAGUCACACCUCCCUGCAUGUGACUUUCACAGCCUAAAGUGUAUCCUUCCUUUAUUGCAUGUUUUGUUUAAUUUAGAUUUUCCCAUCCCCUGCUAUGUUAAUAGCUUGCUAGACCUGCAAGAGCCUCCUGUAUGUGAUUAAAGUUAAAAGGUUAAAAGUUAAAAGGUAAAUUAUAUCUGAUUGAAAGUGAAACCAGUUUUAUUUUGUUUUUUUUUUCAUGAAGGCUGUGUCAAUCAGAGCCAGGGGAGGUGUGACAAGGGCUGUAUAAACAGAAACAAAGUGAUUUAACUCCUAAAUGUCAGUGAAUUGAUUGAGCAGUGAAACAUGAGAAGCAUGAUCUAUACACUAAAACUCCUUCAUUAAGCUAAAGUUAUUUAGGUGACUAUAGUGUUCCUUUAAUAUAAUAUAGCCUGCUGGUCCUUGCUUUUGAAAUGCCUGCAGAACAGGUUCAGCAAAUAGAUUGUAUACAUAGCAACUCUUGUAACAAGGCUGGAUAGAAACAGUUAUUUAUGAUCUGAUAGGCCUUGCCUGACCAUAGUACACCCACAUAAUAAUUUUAUCAGUAACCAUAAACUGCACUUUGUAGAUAGAUAAGGUAUCCUUUUGGUGUACAUAUUCACUAUUUUUGUAUAUAUAAAAAACUGCCCACGAUUAUUCUUCAUUUUAUUGUGUUAUAAUGGCUCCAAUGAUGAUUUGCUUCUUUGCCCAGGCAUUUACAAGCAUAUAAUUCAUGCAUUAUUACGUUCUGUCCAGGGUGUCUUUAUUCCGUACAUUUUCUAUGAUUAUUAAGUUCAAGAUGAACUUGUACAUUUCUUGGCAGUCUAGGGUGUCACUUCAUGGAAAGGUGGUAUGAUAGGGCCCACUUUCAUAUUUUAAAUGUAGUUAUUUGUGUAGAAGCUUCUCUCUCCCUUAUGCUUUUAGUGAGGCUCUCUUUAACUCAAACAUAGAACGUGAUGGCUUAGUCUGCUCAAUUUUCUAAAUACUUUCAUUAGUCCCUGGCCUUAUCCUAACUCUAGGAUAGCCUUAUGCCUAUCCCACACAUGCUUAAACUCCCUCACUGUGUUAACCAAACUGGUUAUACAGUUGUGUAUGUUGUGCCUAGAUGGGUAUCGAUUGCACCUCGCUGAUGAGAACCAAAGAAGGCCAAAACGAUAGUCUGCAGUUGCUGUAACUCUCGAGCAGAGGAAACUUGCCAAUGAUUUGGAUCUGAACUGCCCUUAUGUACCGGACAAUUAUAAUAUGCACGUGUUAUAGGUUCUCUCUGAGCAGAUAUCAUUUUUGAGACAUGAGCGGGGACUAUUCGAAGGGCAAGCUAUUGAGGUUUCUCUAAGCUUUUGCCCUUCUCAGAAUUUCCCAAUUCUCUGUUUUUGACUGAAUUCUCUCUGAUCAUCCCUGAAGAGAGACUGAGUAGUACUGACAAUGCAUUUGUCAACUCUCUACUUUUCUCUCUUCCUCCUCCGAUUAUAUGGCCCCUGGAACUGCAGAAACUUAAAACUAACUAAAACCAGCAUCAGAUACCACUGUACUAUCCAACCCCAACAAUUCCAAUUGUAUAUCUCCUUCCUCUCUUGAAAUGGCUGCCCUCAGUCACAUGAUUAGUGUUCACAGCAACCAGAUGGUUCUUUCUUCUCAUUUACAGCUAUAUAGCCGAAUCACCUAAAAGGGACAAUAUAAUCACCAGUACAACUACAGCUUAUUGUAUUUGUUCUGGUCUGUAUAAUAUGUCUCUGCAGGCACGCUCUGCAUGGAGACUCUGAGCAUUCCCCAUAGGGAUGCAUUGAUUCAAUGCAUCUCUAUGAGGAAAUGCUGAUUUGCCAGGGCAGUGUUUGGCUACACCAGUGGUAGUCAACCUUUUUCUACCUACCGCCCACUAAUGCAUCUUUUUUUCUACCUUACCGCCCACCAGUUUUCGCGCAAGUGCAGAAUAUUUUUUGGAAAGGAGGGUGUUUUAAAAAAAAUAAAAAUAAACGUACGUACAUUUAUCUUUUUAUUUCUACUUAAUGCAUGUUUAUAAUGUUUAAUGAGAAAACAAUAAAGUAAAUUGAAAUUACCUUUUUCUAGUGAUUAAUGAGAUCCUUGAGGUUGAUGCUGCAAGAUUAAUAUUUGAUAUCUGGUUCGAUUUUCGUAAGGAACAAACGAAGGUCUCCUCUUUCGUGAUAUUCAGACGACUUCUCUGAUUGCGCAUAAUAUGAUUUCUCAUCUGUGCGUCAGCUCCCCUCCUCUCCCUCCUCAAUUCCCUCCCCACCUCCCCCCCCCUUUUUUAUUUUUUAACCUUCCUUAUAUCAAUGCCCAGUAGGAAGGCUGAGCUAGGUAUCCCACUUACUAUUACUUACUAUAGCCCACUAUAACAGACAGACAGACAGACAUACAUACAGACAGACAGACAUACAUACAGACAGACAGACAUACAUACAGACAGACAGACAGGCACACACACGUACAGACAGACAGGCACACACACACGCAUACAGACAGACAGGCACACACACACGCAUACAGACAGACAGGCACACACACACGCAUGCAGACAGACAGGCACACACACACGCAUGCAGACAGACAGGCACACACACACGCAUGCAGACAGACAGGCACACACACACGCAUGCAGACAGACAGGCACACACACACGCAUGCAGACAGACAGGCACACACACACGCAUACAGACAGACAGGCACACACACACGCAUACAGACAGACAGGCACACACACACGCAUACAGACAGACAGGCACACACACACACAUACAGACAGACAGGCACACACACACGAUACAGACAGACAGGCACACACACACCAUACAGGCACACACACACGCAUACAGGCACACACACACACACACGCACACACACAGCAUACAGGCACACACACACGCAUACAGGCACACACACACGCAUACAGGCACACACACACGCAUACAGGCACACACACACGCAUACAGGCACACACACACGCAUACAGGCACACACACACGCAUACAGGCACACACACACGCAUACAGACAGACAGGCACACACACACGCAUACAGACAGACAGGCACACACAUGCACAGACAGACAGGCACACACAUGCACAGACAGACAGGCACACACAUGCACAGACAGACAGGCACACACAUACAAAGACACACAUAUAUACAGACACACACACAUAUAUAUACAGACACACACACACACACACACGACACAUACAAAAACACAUACAUACACACACAUACAGACAGAAACACAGAAGACAUACAUACAAAGACACAUAAACAAACAAACACAAAAUAUUUUAGUCACCCUCCUGUUUCCUACCUUUUAGGUGCAGGAGGGUGACUUUCCCUGGGGUCCAGUGGUGGCUCAGGUGGAUGGGAGUCAGAGUUCCCACUCUGACUCCCUCCUCCUUCCUCCCGCGCGGUCUGUGUGUUAGCUGGGAGGAGUGACGUGCAGUCACUUCCUCCCAGCUCUGUGAUGUAAUCAUAAGGGGCCCGGUCGCGCUGUUAAAGCGCCCAGCGCUGACUGGGCCCCCUCACAAUCCACAUCCAUCGAGUGGCCCUGACAGCAUGGGAUGGACCCCUCCAUAUGUGGCCCCGGCGGUUUGCUGCGCAGGCCGGGGCUGCAAGUGGUGAUGGCGGUAUCCGGUCGCAGGGGUACCCGGUCGCAGGGGUACCGCCCGCCCAAUCAAAAUGAGAAAAUCCCUACCGCCCACCUGUAAUCCUGAAACGCCCACUAGUGGGCGGUAGGGACCAGGUUGACGACCCAUGGGCUACACUUUUAUAUUCCUGAGCCAAUAGUGUUUGCUUUUUUUUUUUUUACUUGGAUCCUUGAGUGUGAAGUACAUCUCCUUGUAUGAGUGUGCAAGCAAAAAACAAUAAUUAAAUAUGCUUUAGCAUAACAUAUAGCCAUUGCCAAGCCUAGGAAAUUUGUCUCCGUAAAAACAGUGAAGAAUGACCCUUAGGUUUGAAUCUAAAGUUGAAGGUACCUCUUUGUGGGCUCACUUUCUUGCUUUUCUUUCAAAAGCAGGCACUAUGCAUUGUUAUGGAAAAUUGAGGCUAUAAGUACAAAAAAAGUAAAAGAUUUUUCCUAAUUCACUAUUUUACCUUUAUCUUGGUCAUUCAGAAUUUAAAGAACACUUUAUAUUAAAGAAAAAUUAUAUAUAAUGUUUUUUUUUUGCUAAUUAGAGGGUUUGUAUUUCUGUUUAGAUGUUCGACCUUCCUCAAUCUUGACCUUGAAAAGGUUACAAAUGAGCUUUAUUCCAGUGCUGGCAGAGUCUCUGUUCGCCAAGUCAAUUCUGUUUUCAUUUUGACUAUUCUGGCUGUACAUUUUUAUUUUACAAUUCUCUCUUUAGUGAAUAACACUGAUAGUGUAAUUCUGAAUAAAAUUAUGUUUGCGAUCAAAAGUUAUUACUGCAUCUACCUGGUUCAAUUACUUAUUUUUUAGUGUUACUUCCGAGUGAUAAGGAGCUGUUAAUUUAUAUAUUAACAGCUCCUUAUCACUCGGAAGUAACACUAAAAAAAUAACUAAUAUAUCUUUGUCUUUCCUUAUUGUUGUCACCCACACCGGUCUAUAAAGUAAUCUAAGGCGUAGAUAUAUUAAUAAGGGCUGAGAUAGUAAGAAUACAACAACCUGAAGGAGCGUUGUUAAAAAAUAAAUAUGUAUAUUCUUUUUAAUAAAUAGAUGAUUGGUUUCCAAAUUGUUUUAAAAUGUAUAUUAAAUUAUUAAAUGCCCUCUUUAAUAAAAAUAUGCCAGAUUCUGUAAGCCCACCUCCCUUUGCAAAGGCUUCUAAAAUGAGUAUAUCGAUCAGACUGAGUGCAUUCAUAUGGAGAAAGGGAACUGAUGCUAUUAGCUUAAAGGGACACUCCAGGCACCCAGACCACUUCUGCCUAUUGGAGUGGUCUGGGUGCCAACUCCCACUACUCUUAACCCUGCAAGUGUAAUUAUUGCAGUUUUUUAUAAACUGCAAUAAUUACCUUGCAGGGUUAACUCCACCUUUAGGGGCUGUCUACUAGACAGCCACUAGAGGGCACUUCCUGCUUCAUAGCACAGAAAACCUGUGCUAGAGCAUCGCUGUGUGAGGACCUCCAGCGUCGCUCAAUUCCCCAUAGGAAAGCAUUGAAAAGCAUUUUUAAUGCUUUCCUAUGGAGAGCUCUAAUGCUCAUGCGCGGCAUUAGGUCUCCCCGGCCGGUGGGCGGGAUCAGUCUCGCCCACCGGUUGACGUAAUGCAGACACAUGGGACAUGUCGCUGCCUCUGUUAAGUCACUAAAGGGGUUUUCACACCUUCAGCAACCGGGGAUUGGGGGGUGGGAGGGGACCUGCAGUGCCAGGAAAACGGAUUGUUUUCCUGGCACUGGAGUUUCCCUUUAACACUUCUGUUGAAUUGAAAAUAAAAGUAUGUUUCAGUAAUAAGACAGAGUGAAAUGUCAACAAGAGAUAAGCAUUCUGUACAGAGUGGUUGGUAGUCAUGGAGCCUCCUACUUUGUGUUCACAGAUAAGGAAACUUGCAGACCAGCUGUUGAUUUUAAAAGUGUUAAGGGCAAAUAAAAAAGCAACCUCCACCUCCCCCAAAAACAAACAAAAAAAACUGCUUAUUAUAUUUUUGUCACUAUAUAACCCAAACUUAGAUCUCAGCUAUCUAAAACCGAGAUCCCAAACUCUGCCUCCCCAAUGGUGGUAGAAUUAUUUGAAUGCAACAGAUAACCAAAGAAUCUGGGGAGGGCGGCCGGAGUUUGAGAUGUAUGAUUUAUAGCAAAACGUGAAUGUAAACUACUCGGUCAACUUAAAAGGACACACUAUAGGCACAGAGACCACUUGAUCUCAUUAAAGUCAUCUGGCCCCUGUCCUUUUAUCUCUGCAAUGUAAGGCAUUGCCAUUUCUUUCAUAAGUGAAGUAAAGGGUUAUUAACCUUUUCAACACCAAGGAUGGACAGCGGACCUAGAGUUAAUUGUAGAGGGACACUUUAGAGUUAGGAAUAGUUUUCCUUUAACGAAGUAUUAGAAAACUUGCAUAUUUUAUUUUUCUCAGAAACUCACAGAUAAUGAUCUGAGGAAGUAAUACAACGGUCAGGCUGUUCCUAUGGGAUGAUUCCAUGGUUCCCUACAUUAUGCAUUCCACCUCCCAAGUAUUGGUCUCUCAGGUGACAAUAUGAAACCUUGGAAUUAAACAUUGCACGUUAUAACCUCUCCACUGUUAAAGGGAUAUUCUAAAUGCCAAGAAUACAUAGCUGUAUUCCCUUACCACAGAGCCAAUGUCCUCGGUGCUGGGUCCCGCCUCCUUCGAUGUCCAGAGAGUGUAUAUUAGACCUUCCCAUAGGGAAGUACUGAAUCAUUGCUUUCCUAUGGAGACAAAUCUGACGCUGGAUGUCCUCAUGCAAAGAGUGAGACCGUCCAGCGUCAGCUACUGGACCAAAGGUUUGUUAGGAUCCAGGAAGCGCCUCCAGUGGCUGUCUUGUUGCAAAUUGUACCGGCUACAAGAAUAAAACAUGCAGCAGUAACACUAUGUUUACUGUAUUUUUCAUCAGCAGUGGUGUCCUGUGAUCCUGGAUCCUGAUGCUGCAAGCCACAUGGACCUGCUGAUCCAACAUAUACACUUAUGGAAAAAUGGAGAUGCGCAAUAAACAAAUUGCAGGAUGAUGCCAAUCUGCCAGUACAUCACAUCCAGCACUUUUAGUAUUAUUAAAUGAUUUUUAAAAAGUCUGGGUUUUCAAGAGACUGUCUUUGGGAACCAGGAGUGCCCAUUUUCUGUCAAACCAGUCAAGAGACUUCACCCAAAGACCGCUUGCUCUAUAACCACUGUGAGAAGCACAGUUGUUGAGAUUAAGUGGUCUGUGUAAUUUUAGUGUCUAAGUAAAAAACUAAUAUUUUUGAUCGUCUGCAGAGGAUUCAUAUAAAUACACAGGUUUCAUAUAGAAAUUGUGCAGGAAUUCUAACUAAGUGGCUAACACUCUCAUCUCUAUUUACAGCGAGUGACAAGGUCAGAGAAUUAUUUGCCAAAGCCCGAAAUGGAAAGUAUAGACUGUUGAAACUUGAUAUUGAAGAUGGUAAGUUAUCUUAUUUUUUUAUUUUAACUUGUUUAAAGUUGAAUAAAUAAGUCACCGAAACAACUUGAGCUUAAUGGAGCAGCUUUUAUGUAUAAAUCAUGCCUGUGAAGUUGCACAGCUCAAUUCAUGGCCAAUUGUUUUGGUGACUGUAGUGUCCCUUAAAGGGACACUGUAGUCACUAUAAGCAUUUCAUCUCUUUGAAUUGGUUAUAGUGCCUGGAGUGCACCAUGUUCGUGCAGUAUGCCACAAAAUAAGAGUCCCUGGCCACCCACAGUCUGGCCCCUUAAGUAUGUGUAGCUAAGGCAGAGAUUACACACUUCCUUGUUGUCAUACCCAUUCAUACCGUCAGUUGGAACUCUGACAGGCUAAAAGCAGUCAGCUGACACUCUCAGCCAAUCACAGCUGCCUAUUGCUGCUCAGCCCAAUACUUCCUUAUUAGCCAAAGCAGCACAGAGGGGAUGGACUGCCGGGUCUCUUGUUUAGCAUUAAAAGUUUAAAAACUGUUUAAUGCUGAAAGAAAUGAUGGUACCAGAGGACUCCAGACACUAUGACCAGUUUAAUGAGAUGAAGCAGAUACAGUGCCUACGGUGUCCCUUUAAUGUUUGUUGUUUUUCUGAAUGCACAUGACUUGUCUACAAUAAGAAGCAAAAUUCUUAUUAAAUAGCUUAAUAAAAUCAGUUAAUGAAAACAGAUCUGAGCAAAAUAUGAAUUGCCAAUACCUCCCUACUGAAAUCAGUAACUUGGGCGACAAGAAGCCAGAUCACAGUUUGUUAUUGAUAACAACCAUUUCAUAUUUCCUUUAGAGGUGUAGGUAUUAUGGUGCUAGCAGGUUAUUGUGCAGUCCUGUUUAUGUUUUUUUUUCUUAAUUGUACUUCCUCAUAGAUCUGCCAAAUAUCUGGAGGUGUACUCAUUGCUUGAGCGCUGUAAUAUGGAAUGAUUCAGCAGCACCAAAUCAUUUUUUUUUCUUUUGAUGCAGCUAAAUCUCUUUUACCCUUUCAGUGUCAUCACAUCGACACAAGCUCUAUGUAGUCAGCAUAUUAAGGUGUAAUGCAGGUUAUUAAUAUGUGUAGGGUUAACUCAGAGUCUUAAAAAUAAAUAUAUAUAUAUAUAUAUAUAUAUAUAUAUAUAUAUAUAUAUAUAUGGCAAAUCUAUAAGUGGAUGCCUCUUCUAUUAAGUGGAUUUGGCUAUUUCAGCUACCACCCUUAUUGCUCACAUGGUGUGUUUAAUCUGGCACACAGGCCAUGCAGUCUUCAUAGAGAAAUACUGUCAGUAGAAUGGCCUGUACUGCUAAGCUCAAUUACUUCUACACGGGGUCAUUGUCAUAGGAUAUCACUAUUCCAGCAAGGCAGUUUGGGUUUCUGACUUGUUAUAGCUGCUCUGGUCAGCUGUUAUUGUGAAGUGGGAGCAACUGCUCAGGAAUUCAGGACACACGCUGACACCGAAUAGUGUGUAAAAGUUUGUCUUUUGUUGCAAAAGCCGUGGAGCCACUGUAGGAAGAAAGAGCAAGUUUCACCAGCAUUUUUAUUUAUUUUCAAGAGACUACCUGACUAUGAACUUCAGUUGGUUUAACAUAAUUAAAAGUCCUUCUGUCUUAGUAAGUAAAUAGUCCUCAGGCAGUCAGUGUAUUUCAUAGCUAAUUCUAAAUGAAAUGGCUUCUAGUGAAAUAAUAUAAUGAAAACACUUUAAGCUGCGUCCGGAUCAGUACGUUCUUUAAGAAAAUAAUUGGACAGCCGUAACAGUAGCCCAUCCCUACAACUCUUACUCGUUUGUUUUUAAAUCUAGGAAUUCGUUUUUUGUAUUGUACCAUGGUGACCAAAAUCAUUAUACAAUGAGGUGAAUGUCAGAAAGGACAAAGUACCUGUGUUUUUUUUCCCCAUCAUACCUCCUUUAACAGACACUGCUUUCUUUCUAGAAAAACUGACUGUCAGCUCAUAUGAAAAACCCGUAGACUCUUGGGAUAGAGAAUUUGAUGCUUAUAUUCUCCCAUUGUUGGAAGACAAGCAUCCUUGCUAUAUUUUAUAUAGGCUGGAUACCCAGAAUGCACAGGGCUACGAGUGGAUCUUUAUCGCAUGGUCGCCAGACUACUCUCAUGUAAGUUUACCACUCGGACAGGGGGAAAAAUAAAUAAUGUACGCUAAAUUCUUACAGUUUUUUGAUAUUGCAUAGAAACUACUAAAGUAUGUAAUUACCACACGUGUCUCACUCUCAUUUAAACCAAUGUAAGUCAGUGUCUCAAUAAAACCUUCUGAGGAUGCGUCUCUCUCCUGGGCAGUAUUGGCCAAUUAUUGUACAAUUAUUUACUAAAGUGUUAAUUGCUGUGAAAUCAAAGUAAAUGUAAAGGUUUAGCCAAAUUGGAAAAAAAGUCCGCUAUAUUUCCUGUUUCAUGAAUUCAUUUUUAAUUUCUAUGAAUUUGCUUUGAAUUGCUGACAGUUUGCCAUUUAGAGAAAUACUGUUUUACUAUUCCACUGACAUAGGCAAUCCUGGUUGUCGUAGUCCGUACUGCUAAGGUGUUAAAAUAUUUUCACUUUAUUGCCCAGUUUGCUCUAUAAAAUACUCCCUUUUCCCUUAAAUCAAAUAAAUUUGUUUGUUUUCUUCUUGGCAUGGCCAUAAUUCAUAAAAACCAAAGCUGUUGGUGUAUUUUCCCCUGUAGUGGCAAAAGUUGGAGCUCCCAUAAGUCUUUGCACAUCUUUCCUUGUUCUGUCCUUGUAAUGCUCAGUUCAAAUUCUGUGUUCUAAGGACACAAAUGAUCAUCAACAUAUAUGUCUUCAUAAGGUUCACUCACAUAUUAUUUCAUUUCCAGUUGCUCGCUAAUUAUCUUUUUCUUUGUGUACUGGCUUAUUGGCUCUGCUAACCAUAAAAUAACCUGCUUGUAGCAGUUUCCUUGGUUACCCAACAGUUAAUCCAAAUUUGAGAUACUUGGUCAGACUGAAUACAUAUGGUAAUUCCCUACAAGAAUAAAACUUUGUAAUUAUACAAAUAAACCUGAUUCAUUUUGUGGUAUGCAGUUCACUUGUAUCAUGGGCAGGAGAUUUUUUUUUUUUUUGUUUACAGUGGAUUAUCAGGUUACGUGAUAUUAUGGGAUUCGUGUUUUUUUCUCUUUAAUUUUAUCUAUUUAAAUUUGUUAACGAGGCAAUCAUUAGUUGUGUGAUUUCAUCUUAUUAAUUUAAUGGAAAAAAAAUCUGUAUUUAAUCACAGUGGUUUUAAAGAGAAUGUAGCCUUGUUAAACCAUUCUGUCUAAUGAAAACAAUAGUUGAUUAAAUAGCAUUUUUCCUUAAAUAAAAAUCAUUUGAUUAAAAAUAUGUUUGAAAAAUGAUAGUCUCUUAUCUGAGAUCAAAUAAAUGGGUUUUCACUAAAUUGAGAAUUCAAAAUGAAUUUCAAAUUUAAAGCCAGAGUAGCGGAACUGAAAUCAUAGCUGACUUUUUCCUAGUUUUAGUAUUUUGCUCUAAAAUCUGAAAUACACUCUGAAUUCAUAUUUUGGUGAAUAACCCACUAAGGCUUUAAUUCAGCUUUGUGGAAAGAAGGGGUUGAUCUGCUAUGUAUCCAAGUGCUUUUGUCUCCAGCCGCAGAGUAACAUUUUGUUGAACAUCUUAGGUUAGACAGAAAAUGCUAUAUGCUGCAACGAGAGCAACUGUGAAGAAGGAAUUUGGAGGAGGACAUAUAAAGGAUGAACUUUUUGGUACAGUAAAAGUAGGUGUAUUUUCACAUUAUAAACCAAAGUAGUUAUGUUGAUUCUUUGCAAUUAUUUGUGUCAAUGCCAGAAAAAAAAAAAAAAAAUGAAGUCCAUAUAAUGUAUGUUUAUAUAACAAAUACCAAUGCUUAAACUUAUGUCAGUUCAUAACAGGUGUGUUGGAAUUUAAACAAAAUGUACUUAUCCAAAGGACUAAAGUGGUAGCCCAUUUUACUGGUUCGUCUUCACAAUCUACUUGUCGUGAAAUACAAUUUCAAAUUUUAAAGAUUUUAGAGGCCAUAAUAACUGAUCUGGAAAAAUACUCCAACUCUGCUAUGGUCACAACAAGCUAUUUGUUUCCAUUCAGAUUUACUUUAGUGUGUCACACUCUCUCCUCCCACUUAGUGUCUGCGGGGUGUGUUUUGGCAUGGUGUGGUAUGUGUUGGCUGUAUGUAAUGAUUGUGGUGUGUGCUGCCUGUAUGUAUUGUAUGUGGUGUGUGUUGCCUGGAUGUAUUGUGUGUGCUGGCUUUAUGUACGUAUGUGUGUGUGGGGUGUGUGCUGGCUUUAUGUAUGUGUGUGUGUGUGCUGGCUGUAUGUAAGGUGUCAAACAAGGGGGAUGAAGGUUGCUCCAGGAAUUAUAAAAAACAGAGAUAUGUUAUUAAACAAAUAAAAAGCAAAAGAAAGUUCAAAUAGAGGUCCAAGUGUGAAUCCAAAUGGUAAAACUUGCUGGUAGAUAAACCCUCAAAGAGUCAAGGUAGUUCCUCUGGAAUGGGAUCAGAUCAGAGUAUUCUUGGCAGCCAUAUAUGCAACAGAAAGUGAGAACUAAUGGUGCAGAAAAUCCCAGAAUAACAUAGAAGUAAAACGUCUAUAGUCUACUUACAACUGAUAGAGCUUAACCUAGCUCUAGUCUGAAUGGCGUACAGUGGUACAAUCCCCACUUAUAGGGUAGGUAGGAUGGUGUAGGUAGGCAGAUGUAUCAUCGGUAUGAAGAUCAUAAAGUAUAUUAAAGAGACCGCAAUAGUGCGCACAGUAUAAAAGGUACCAGGAGUAUAGAAUAAAGUUAUAACACAUCUCUGUUUUUAUAAUUUCUGGCGCAACCUUUAUCCCCUCUGUUUGAAUCAUCUCUAUUGUUUAAAAGGCUUAGAAGGGAUGUUUUAAGGUUUUGCCUACUUUCAUUUUUGUAUUUUUAUAUUUAUCUUUUAUUUAGGUAUAUUAGCGCUGAUCCUGUUUAUCCUUUUGUCUAUUUCUGUAUGUAGUGUGUGUGCUGGCUGUAUGUAGUGUGUGUGUGUGUUGGCUAUAUGUAGUGGGUGGGGCUGUGUGUGUUUGUGUGAGAGUGCUGGCUGUAUGUAAUUGUGUGUGUGUGUGUGUGCGCUUGCUGUAUGUAAUGUGUGCGCUUGCUGUAUGUAAUGUGUGCGCUUGCUGUAUGUAAUGUGUGCGCUUGCUGUAUGUAAUGUGUGUGAGCUUGCUGUAUGUAAUGUGUGUGAGCUUGCUGUAUGUAAUGUGUGUGAGCUUGCUGUAUGUAAUGUGUGUGAGCUUGCUGUAUGUAAUGUGUGCGCGCGCUUGCUGUAUGUAAUGUGUGUGAGCUUGCUGUAUGUAAUGUGUGUGAGCUUGCUGUAUGUAAUGUGUGUGAGCUUGCUGUAUGUAAUGUGUGUGAGCUUGCUGUAUGUAAUGUGUGCGCGCGCUUGCUGUAUGUAAUGUGUGUGCGCGCUUGCUGUAUGUAAUGUGUGUGUGUGUGUGCGCGCUUGCUGUAUGUAAUGUGUGUGCGCUUGCUGUAUGUAGUGUGUGUGUGUGUGCGCUUGCUGUAUGUAAUGUGUGUGUGUGUGUAGGCUUCAUGUUGUAGUUGUGUGUUUGUGUCUGGCUUGUGAAGAUUGUAAGUGUGUGUGUUUAGGCUGUAUGUAUGUGUGUACUGGCUGCAUGUGUGUGUCUGUUUGGUGUUUGCUGGUUGUAUAUUGUGUGUACCUGAUUUGUAUUAGCUGUAUCUUAUGGUUGUGUGUGUGUGUGUGCGCGCGCGCUAGCAGUAUAUUGUCUGUUUGUCUAGUGUGUACUGACUGGUGUAUGCUGAUUGUAAUGUAUCUGGUGUGUACUGACUAUAUGAUGUGUGUGCUGUCUUUGUAUAGUAUGGUGUGUGCUGGAUCUCUUACUCUCACUGGAUCUCUUAAUCUCACUAACCCUCAUUCCAAAUCGGGAUCUGAUUGUUUCUCACGGUACCGACACUCACAGAGUCAGAUUGCAUGCUGGGAGUUUGACUCACUAGAGAGCGCUGGAACCGCUGAUUUAAGAACAGCCGUGCUGUUUGCCCAUGGUAGGGCUAAAUAGUCAAACAAAGUACCUGCCAGCGUGUGGAACUGAGGCAUUACAAAUUUCACAUACCUGCUCAAGACACUUCACCCUAAACAGACAUUUAACUAUAAUUUACAUUCAAUUUUUUUAUACAGUAAAUUACAGUCAAGGUCGGUGUACUUGAUAACUUUAGGUCAGUACAGGCAGCAGUGGGGAAUAAACUGAACAUUGCAGUAAACAACUAGGUAUACCUGGGAACAGGGAAAUUCAAGUAAUCAAAGCAAAAUUGAAUCAACAAUGCAAAGUACAGAAAGAUGUCCCUACACUGGUCUUGCUUAUUAGUGUAUUGACAAAUAAUACAGGAGAGUGUGUAGUUUAUGCACAAUACAAUAUUGUCUACAUAGAGAACUGUCCAACCCUCACUACAACGUCUACAUAAUUUUAUUUUGCUUUGCAUAUCAAUGAAAUUGAAUUUAUUAAUCUCUGCUUACCUUCUCUUUUCUAGUGCCACUUUUUAAUUUGCAUACAAAUUGUAUUUCGAUAUUUCUAUAAUUCUGCUUUUAAAUAGCACAACAUUGCACUUUUGUCCUUAAUGUCCUGACUUUUUUUUUUUUUUAAGGAAGUUUCACGUAAAUACUAAAAUUUUAAAAAUGUUACACUAUUUACACAUGACUAUUACACGCUUACUACACCACCCAUACUGAUCUAAUCUGCCUGUACAGAAUUAUUUAGCUGGCAAAAGCUCAUUAAAUACAGAAUUGCAGUUAAAUGGGAACAUAGUUGCAAAAAAUAGCUAAUCUGUAAAAUCUUCGUCACUGCUAUAGUCACAGAUUGGGUGUUUUAGUCUAAAUGUCACCAUUCAGUUUCCAUUAAUUAGCAAAUAAACCUCGGAAUGUCCCAUUGUUUUUGCAACAGCUGUAUGACUGACAAGUUAAAGCGGCACUGUCAUGCCGAACUUACCUUUCCUCAAUCUUUUCCUCUUCUCCCCCUCUCUCAGGAUCUGUUCUUCUUUUCUUCCUGUCUUCUUUAGUUUUCUUUAAAAUCAUAAGACAAAGUAGGGACUCUUUGCCUUAUGGAGGAUUCCUCCGCUUGACCAGCGGAGGAGCAAAGUGUGCUUCAUUUCUGCUGGUCAGAGCAAUUUUCCCAUAAUUCUUACCUUUCCUCAGUGUUCCUACGAUGCUUCCUGUCAUUUUACACGAAACUGCCGAAUUGCGUUCUAACUGAAUGAGAACAGUAUGUUCGUUUCUUUUAGAACUCAAUUCGGCACUUUAUUCGGAUCGCAAUUUCAUUCGAAUGAAUGAAACUCCGAUCCUAUUCUUGCUGUGGCUGCAUCUUGCAGCCGCUUAGUAGAUAACGCCCUAAUUCCCACGAUAUCAGGGAGUUAUUUACUAAAAGGCUGAAAGACCUAAAUUGGUCUUUUAGCCAACUUUACUAAUACGAAGUAAAAAUUACUUAGUAUUAGUAAAUGAUCUGCCCCUACUAGCUAUACUGUGAGUAGGGGCAUGUCUGGUAAACAGUGAGCAGCCUGUGGCUGCUCACUGUAAAAAAAUAAAAAAAAACUAUUGGCACCCACCCCUAAACGACAGAUGGGGGCCCUAAAGUAAAAUAAGGGGGGAGACCUAAUGUCCCCCUCCGGCCCCCAUCCCUGCACAGUGGGUGGGGGUCAUAAUGAUAAUGGGGGGGGGGGACCUACUGCUCCCCCCGCCCGGCCCCCACCCCUGGGGUCAUAAUGAUAAUGAGGGGGACCUACUGCCCCCACCCCUGGGCGUCGGUUGGGGGCCAUAAUGAUAAUGAGGGGGGGGACCUACAGUCCACCCCCCCUCCGGCCCCCACCCCUGGGCGGCGUGUGGGGGCCAUAAAGAUAAUGGGGGAGGUGGGAUCUACUGUCCUCUCUCCCCCGGCCCUCACCCCUGGGCGGCGGGUGGGGGCCAUAAAGAUAAUGAGGGGGAAGGACCUACUGUCCACCCCCCCUCUGGCCCCACCCCUGGGCAGCGGGUGGGGGCCAAAUGAUAAUGAGGGGGGGGGACCUACUGUCCUCCCCCACCCCUGGGCCCCCCCACAAGGUGACUAGGGGUCCCCAAGGCCCUAGUCACCCACCCCUCCACCCAAAUAAAAAGUCUCUACCUACCCCCCUCACCCUUAAAAAAAGUGAGGGGGGAAUAAAAUAACUAACCUGUAAAAUAAAAUUAAACUUACCAUUCGACGUCUUCUUUUUUCUAAAAUCUUCAUUUUUCAGCCCCAAAAAAAGCCAAAUAAAAAACCAUCAUAACCGUCGAACUUAAAAUAAAUUAAAAAUCCCGAGCGCAAAAAAAAAACCUGACGAAAAAGAAAAAAACAGAGCGCAAAAAAAUAAUCCAUCUUCACCCAUGGAGGGCUCUGCGCAGACUGAGCUCCGCAGGGUGGGGGAAGGCUUAUAAAGCCUUGCCCCGCCCUGCAAUUAGGCUAAGAACACUCUGAUUGGUGGGUUUAAGCCAAUCAGAGUGCUCUUUGUCAUUUUACACAGCAUGGGAAAAUUCAAAAGAACUUUCCCACGCUGUGUAAAAUGACACAGAGCACUGUGAUUGGAUGGAUUUCAAGCCAUCCAAUCACAGUGCUCUGUGUACCGGUAGCUCCCUCCUUGUAAUAAACUGAACAAACAAACGAACGCUGAUACUCAGAUAUUUCUAUUCAUUCGUUCGUCUGUCUGAUGAAUGAAUGAAUAGAUGAAAUUCCCGUUCGCAUGUCCAGGUGUUUAACUGGGCAUGUGCGGGAAUUUCAGUCUAUCUAGUGUGGGCAGAUGAUGUGUCCCAGAGGAACUUCAUCUACCCACACAAAGAUGGCGGCGCCCUGAAUCAAGAUCGGGGCAGAAAAUAAGGAAUAAAAAAUUGGGGGCAUUUGGGGGUGACUAGGGUGUCAGAGAUAGUGGAGGCCGGAGGGGGGUUAAAAAAAAAACAGGAUUUGGCAUGACAGUACCACUUUAAGGGAGAUUGAGUAGGAGAUUAAUGUUGAACAUACAAUUACUUUUUGUCAAUUGAAGAUGUUUGUUUUUUUGUUUUUCUGAAAACCUGGCAAUUUCAACAAAAACUGUUGUAUAUUUUAUUUUUCAAUGUAUUAUUAUUAUUUUUUUAAACUCUCCUUUUUCAUGUUGUGUUGCAUAAUUUACAGGACGAUGUUUCACUGAGUGGCUACAAAAAGUUCUUAGCCUGUAAGUCUUCUCCUGCUCCUCUUUCUGCUGCGGAAGAAGAGUUGAGGCAAAUAAAGCUUAACGAGGUAACGUGUGCGUCAACUGAUUUACCAUGUUUUCUCCUAAUAAAUAUGUUGUACUGUUUAUCUUGCAUAUCUAGUUUUACUCCUGUUCAGGUAAUAAUCAUUUAGUUCUAGUUUUUAAUAAGUCUCUGCAACACCACAUUGGUGACACAGUGGUGCAACAAAUGCAUAGAGGGCCCUGGUGCAAGAAAUUAUUAGCGUAAGGGUGGCCAACAAAUUCCCAUAUGUUGUACAUAUUCCAUUGUCUAUUGCCAGCAGGGGAUCUACCAUUUGCUCAUCCUUGCAAGGUUUUACUUGUAAGCAGUUUUUGUUUGCUUGAAUGUAUGUAUUAUCACUAUUUAUUAUCACACAGAUACUAAUACCCACACUGGCACACAUAAAAACAUAUCCUUUUUACACACACAAACAGAUACACACUGACACACAUAUACACAUAUCUACAUAAACACACUGGCACACACACACAUACAUAAACAUUGCCACACCCUCGCAGACACACAUACCUACACAUACACACGGCAAACACACACAUUGCAAUAUACAUAUUGUUAACCACCCCCUGCUUCCAUACCUUGUGGUUGCAGGAAGGUGACUUCCUACAGCUGGCUGCCACUAAUGGGAGUCUGAAGUUGACUGCCUGCAAUGUGCCCUCUUCCCUUCUCAGUGCCUCCUAUGUCCCCUCCGAGCCCGCGCGGUUUGUAAGUUGAGAGGAAGUGACAAGUAGUCACUUCCUCCAAGCACUCUCUGCAAAUUUUAAAGCAGCCUGGUGACUCUGCCAAAGGGCAGCAGCACCUAACUGUGCUCCUGAGGACUCGUGCCUGGAUUCUUCUCUGCAUCAUCAAUACUGCAUGGGCCUCCAAGGUGCGUGGGGUUUGGUGCACUUGCACCAGCUGUAGUUCCACCACUGGUGUGACAGAGUAAUACAUUGUAUUCUAAGUAUUACUGGAAUAAAGCUAAGCUCUUUUAAUACUUUGCUGUAAUCUUUCAGACCAAAACGGAUGUUGGAGUAGACACUAAACAACAGACCCUUCAAGGAAUAUCAUUCCCUUUAGAAAAUGCUGCAUACCAGGCUUUGGAACAGUUAAAGAGCAAAAAACUAAACUAUGUACAGUUGGUAAGUUAGUAUGAUAUGUCUUACAAUACUGAAAUACACUAUGAAAUGCCUGCUUCAUAUAACUGGAGUGCUAAACAGUGUGAAUAAAAACAUAGAAUGUGACGGCAGAUAAGAACCAUUCGGCCCAAUUUUCGAAAUACUUUCAUUAGUCCCUGGCCUUAUCUUAUAGCUAGGAUGCCUAUCCCACGCAUGCUUAAACUCAUUCACUGUGUUAACCUCUACCAUUUCAGCUGGAAGGCUAUUCCAUGCAUCCACUAUCCUCUCUGUAAAGUAAUGCUUCCUGAUAUUAUUUUUAAACCUUUGCCCCUCUAAUUUAAGACUACGUCCUCUCCUUGUGGUAGUUUUUCUUCUUUUAAAUGUAGUCUCCUCCUUUACUGUGUUGAUUCCCUUUAUGUAUUUAAAAUGUUUCUAUCAUAUCCCCCUCUCGUCUUUCCUCCAAGCUACACAUGUUAAGAUCCUUUAACCUUUCCUGGUAAGUUUUAUCCUGCAAUCUAUGAACCAGUUUAGUAGCCCUUCUCUGAACCCUUUCUAAGGUAUCAAUAUCCUUCUGAAGAUACGGUCUCCAGUACUGCGUACAAUACUCCAAGUGAGUUCUCACCAGUGUUCUUUACAAUGGCAUGAGCACUUCCCUCUUUCUACUGCUAAUAACUCUCCCUAAACAACCAAGCAUUCUGCUAGCAUUUCAUGCUGCUCUAUUACAUUGUCUGACUACCUUCAAAGGGACACUCCAGGCACCCAGAUCACUUCUGCCCAUUGGAGUGGUCUGGGUGCCGACUCCCACUACCCUUUACCCUGCAACUGUAAUUGUUGCAGUUUCUUGUUGCAGGGUUAACUCCACCUCUAGUGGCUGUCUACUAGACAGCCACUAGAGGGCACUUCCUCAUCCAUAGCUAGAGCGUCGCUGGACGUCCUUGCGCUGUGUGAGGACCUCCAGCGUCGCUCAUUUCUCCAUAGGAAAGCAUUGAAAAGCAUUUUCAAUGCUUUCCUAUGGAGACAUCUAAUGCGCAUGGUCUGUGCUUUUACAAUUUAUUUUAAUUCUUUAUUUUUGUUAUUUAUGAAAGGUACAAGAUAUCUGUAAUCCUGAUAAUGCUCAGUGACAGGAGACGUAUGCAAUAUUAUAUGUUUAAAAGACAGGCUGCACACAUUUUUAUAAUAAAGACAGGCAUACGUCAUAUGUGUAAAGUGGUUAGUGAGUACUUUGUUGGCAUGCAGGCAGUCUAGACAGGAAGAUUUAGAACAUGACUAUGGUUAAUGAAACAUGCUUAACUAUGCAAAGUUAGUAGAAUAUUAAGUAAAAAGAAUAACCUGCAAGACAGUCAUGUCUGAAUGUGAGAUAAUAUAUGAAAUAUAGGGCAAAAAGCACUAGAAAGGCAUGACAUGGUGAUGCUUACAAAUUAUAGGAGUAGUUACAUGGGAUAUGAACAUGCUAGUUAAACUUUGCUUAAGAAAUAAAAAUAUAAAAAUAGAGAGUAGUCUGUUACUUCGAACGAGAUCCAAAGCAUUUAAAAUACAGGAGUCCACCACAUGAAAAGUCAGCCAGCCAGCUUGGAAGCUACAUGGUGACAUCGGGUAGAACAGCCCCUGUUGCCAAGAAUGUCGGUGGGAUGACCCCCACUGGUCCAGAGGGGGAGAGAAAGAGUGCAGAUGUCCGCUCUGUGUCACGAUGUGGCGUCUGGAGAGCGGCCGUCUCUGCAACGCCUGACAGACUUAAAGGCCGCAACAAGUUAGGGAAGAGUAUUCCGGUUCAGGAAAGUACCGAGUCAGGUAAUGAUCGAAUCACCAGACUCCCCACUAAGUGGUAAGUAGUAGCUUGGUGCGAAAAACUGCAGUUUGCCAAAGAAAUAAAGCUUGUUAAGCAGAUGUUGCUCAGGAGCUCGCCUUGCAUGCUCCGCCCCCCCCAUAAUUUUAUUUUUAUUUUUUUUAUUCUCAGAAAAUCGAUUUAUACAAUGAAACAAUUGUUUUGGCGGAUUCAUCAUAUACAGAUAUAAAGGAGUUGCCGAAAAGGGUUCCAAAGGAUGCUGCACGCUACCACUUUUUCUUGUAUAAACAUUCCCAUGAAGGAGAUUAUUUGGAUUCCAUAGGUAAAAGAAAAUUCAUUAUUGCAUUGCAUAUAUUGACUACACACUGUUUAAAACCUGCAUUGCUGCACUUUCACUUCUGAGUGUUUAAUGAAGAUACAUCCUGUGUAUGCAACCCCCCCUCUCUCCAAUCAGAAGACUGGCAUUUUACAAUUCCUAGUGUGAAUGUGCAUGGGCUGUGGUAUGUGGCUCAACUUCAAAUUUAUACUGUUUAUCAUAAAAGAUAACUUUUCAUUUGUGCACUUGCUAACAUUUUUUUCUAGCACAAGCUAGAAUAUAAAUAUUAACAUAGGCAUAGCACAGCCAAUCAGAGCCUGCCACAAUAUCUCCCAUCCAUACAUAAUUGACUGUAAUCCAAAGAUUCUCCUCUUUCUUUGCUGCUUCCCUCAGACAAAUUAAACCUUUGGUCACACACAUGUAUAUAGACAGACAUAUAUUUAUGAGUUGCCGAUAUAUCUAUGCUCUCAGUGCUGUUAUGUUUUUUUUAUUUGCCUGUUACCUGUUCUCCCCACUAUGGUUUCUCUUGUGCUGUUUUGUUUGCAUAGUUACUCUAAACCCAUUUUGGUUCUAUAAGCAUUUGCUCACACACUCCCCACCUUCCUCUCUCUUCAUGUUUCAAACUGGGGUUGGUUGUGUUCCCCACUGCCGACCCCUUGCCUGGAAUGCACUAUUUUUGGGCAUGAUGAGCGGCGACCAUUUUAUUGGUGGAUAAUGAUUUUUGCCGCUUAUUCCUAGUCUCGCUAUGCUCGAUAAGAGCAAGCAAGGCUAAUAAUUCAAAUACAUAAAAUAAGUCCUGCACUCAGACUCCCACUACUCCUGGGCGUCAGCAAUGACCAUAAUACACAUUAGCCUCAAUGCAUACAAUAAAAAAGAAAGAAAAGUGUUACCUGCGCACUACCCCAAAUCCCUAUGCAUAUUUAAACAAAUUUAGUUUUUUUGUUUCACUCCAAUGGCCAUUAGGUGUAAUCCCACCUGCCACUACCCCAUAUGCUGACCCUAUAUUCUAAUUUCUUCAGGGUUAUUGCAGUAUUCCUUUACCUGUACCUGUAUACCAAACAGGGAAAGGAAUACAGCAAUAACCCUGAAGAAAUUAGAAUAUAGGGUCAGCAUAUGGGGUAGUGGCAGGCCUCAGGAUACGUAAUAUGGUGUCACAGGUAAAACAUCCUAAUGCUGGCAGCUCACUGAAAGAUCCCUCAGGAAUGCCUCAAGGGAUCGCCGGGAGCCUACCUUAUGACAGAGCACUCAAUUAGUAGCCUUGCGCACUCUAAGCGACGUUAGCAAGACUAUGAAUGUGUGACAAAAAACAGCAUCCACCAAUAAAAUGGCAGCCACGCGUCACAACCCAAAAUUACGGAUUUGCAACUGGUCAUUCGGCACGGUCACAUUCCUGGAGCGUGGGUCGUGGCCUUUGGGCCAGUGAGGGAGUCAGAAGGCAAUGGAUUGACGAAGAGUAACUAGGAAAACAAAACCGCAAAAGAAACCCCACAGUAUAAUAAUGGGUGAAUUAGAUAACAGCACUGAGAGCAUAGCUAUAUCCCUAACUGAUAAAUUUACAUCAAGUGAGCAAACAUUGUACUUAUCUGAGGGAAGCAGCAAAGAAAGAGGAGGAGCUUUGGGUUACAGUCAACUAUUUAUGGGUGGGAGAUAUUAUGGGAUGCUAUGAUUGACUCUGUUAUGGCUAUGUUAAUAUUCUAUGAUGUCAUUUAAAGUUUAGAAUAUUUCCCUUUUCUCUCCUUGCUGCUGAGAGAAUAAAGUCAGAAAGAAGCAUAAUAUUUGCCUCCGUGUCUUAAUAAAAUAGUGACUUUACGUCACGAUAUUAGUAAAAUCUGGUAAUUGUGUAUGUUGUCAUUCCAGUCUUCAUUUAUUCAAUGCCUGGCUACACAUGCAGUAUACGAGAGAGAAUGAUGUACUCCAGCUGUAAGAACCCUCUGCUACAUAUUAUUGAAAAUCAAAUACAGAUGGAGGUUAUAAAAAAGGUAGGUCUUCCUGUGACUCUGUGUACUGUUACAGCUAUGUGUUACCAGUCUUAGAAAUGCAGAUAGAUGGUCCAGCUACAAAAGCUGACCGAUCACAAUAAACACUAAACUAGGAAUUGACAAAGGAAUUGCACGUUUUGGACCACAAUAAUCAAGCUUGUAAAAGAAUUGUUCCCCCGAUUCAGAUAUUUGUCAGUUCAUCCAGUUCUUGGUUUAUAAAAUAAAUACAGUCUUAUUUUAGUAUGCAAAACCUCGGCAGUAUUUUAGAGAUACUCCGUGUUAUUUACUACAGUGAGAAUUCAAGCUAAAAUCAAAUAGCAUUUUGAAUUUAAUGUAAAAUAGGUAAACUGGAAAAAUUAGCCUUAAAGGGACAGUCCAGACUCCUAAAAGAGUGUCUCCUCUUUUUUUUUGUCAUUGUACAAAAAGUGCCGAUUUUAAUAGAAAUUGACACUUAUAUAGAUAAACCUUAGUACACCCCCACCCCCUGGCUGUCAAUCAAACAACAGAUCCUGUUACUUCCUGGCUUGGUUAGCUCAGUGGAGCUAAACUCAAGAGGCAGCAAUUGCCCAGAGCACCUGCCUUGCAAAGCUGCAUUGGGAAGCCUGUGGUUGGACAGCCACAGAGAAUAUGAGCUGGAGAAGAAAGGGAGGAGUUGCAAAGGCAAAAGACAAGAGAAUUUGGCUUUUGCAAGUUGUUGGUAAAUAUACCCCAAUGAAAAAAAUGGAUAAUUAUACAUGCAUGUUUUCAUUGGGGGUAUAUGUACUAAACCGUGGUUUAUACUUUUUUGUAUUUGAGCAUUGGAAUCUCGAUAUUUGAAUUAUUAUAAGAAUACAUUUCCGUGGUCUAUACCAGGGGUAGGCAACCUUUUACUAGUACUGUGCCAAAACAAGAUUUUGAAGUCUCUUGGAGUGCCACUCCUAUUUUGUAAUUUUUUUUUUUUUUGUGUGUAUGUUGCCGUAUUCUGCUUGUGUUAUUUGUUGGUACAGCAGUUUCUUUGUAGCGUUGUAUUUGUGUGUAUGUAGGCUGUUAUUUUGUAUAUAUGUUCAUGAGUAGUUUGUGGUAUUGUGUAUGAUACCUAUGAAUGCAGGCUGUGUAUGGGGGCUGCUUGUGGAAUUUUGUAUGUGAAUGAUAUGUCACAUUGCGUGUUUGUUGGUGUGUGUGUAUGUGGAUUGUGUUGUUUAUGGGGGCUGUUCGUAUUAUUUGUAUGAGGGGAGGUUUCUUUUCCAGCUCUGUGUAUAUCUAGCAGUGUGGGUGGCUUCCCUGGGGUCCAGUGGGGACCGGCUGGCCAUAUGCAGGUCUAGGGCAGGAGCUACAACAGCUUUUGCAUCCUACUCUACUCCACUAUGGAUUCCUGUUUAUAGGGGAUCACUUCCUCUAAGUGCUGGAAUGCGUAAAUUGAGGAUUGUUCUCACCAACCACAAUCCUUGCUCAGUUUGCAGUAGCAGAUAUCUUAAGUUCUUGUUUGCCUCUGGCUGCCUUGAGUGUCAUGCAAAGGCAACUUGAGUGCCAUGUUUGGGACACGUGCCAUAGGUUGCUGGCCCCUGGUCUCUACAGUUAUUUGCAAAAAGGGCCUUUUUUAUAUAUUAAAAUUCUACUUAUUCAGCAUCUCACAUUAUAGUCACCAUUCCUUCCUUGUGUUUUGCUAUUUGAACUGAACUACCAGGUAGAUUGAAGUGAUGUGACUUUCAACACAAGGACCAUUAAAGACAAACUGUAGGAGGAAAGCUAACCUGUUUAAUGUAUUAAAAAUGCAUAAGAAUAACUUUUUUUUUUUUUUUUUUAAAGACCUCUGCAGUUGUGCUGCUACUGUCAGAUUCUUCCCUCACGUGGAUGAGACACUCCACAUGGCAGGUCUCAUUCUGGCCUGUGGGCUAUGCUCUUCUUCCAUAAACUUCUGCUUAAUAAGAGGUUAUGAGAAAAAUAGUUUAUCCACAAGAGUAGGUCCAUUACUCAAAGAAUACAGUGGCUAUUAUCACUUUACAUAUAGCUAGGUUCACUGUUCUGCUGUCUCUUCUGAUAAAUGAGACCUCAUCAGAAGUUGUGUGCACUCCAACUGCCUGAGCGACAGCUCUCAGCGGGCCUUAAUUCUAAGCUCCUCACAAUUAUGCAUAUUUGUGAUGGUGCUUACAGUGACCCUUUAAUAUUUACAAGAAUCAGUAUGGCUUAAGCUAGGAUUUUAAGUAAAACCAAGACAGACCAUGUUCUGCACUGGAUUUUCUUUCUUUUUUUAACUUCUUAUAUGAACCUAUGGCAUAGAAGAAACAUUUAUUUUCAUGCAGAAAGACACCUGCAGGCAGUUGUUUGGCUUAAAUUUCACUAGGGAAAUUUCCAUGCAAAAUCUACACAAGCACACUUAUUUCAUAAACUUAAUGUGUGGACUAACAACUCAUUUGCAUUAUGGAACUGAAAGGAGACCAAGUAAUCAUACACUUACUUUGUGAUCACUGGAAGUGACUGUUCCUUUUUAAACUACGUAUCUUAACAGGAUGUCUCAGUCGUUCUAUAUUAGUAUGUUGUUUGUGUUUUUUAAUUUUGUCAUUUAUUAAAUCAUAUAUCUUUUCACAGAUUGAAAUAGACAAUGGCGAUGAACUGACAUCUGAUUUCUUGUACGAGGAAGUUCAUCCAAAGCAGCACGCCCACAAACAAAACUUUGCUAAGCCAAAAGGCCCAGCUGGGAAAAGAGGUAUACGCCGGCUCAUAAGAGGUCCAGCGGAAGGUGAAGGCGCUAAAGACUAGUCUAAAAUAAAUACGACUAGUACCUGCAAAGCCCUGGGUCAUCAUGUUUCAACUGGUGGACUGUAACCUUUCCAUGCCUGUGUUCUUUGAUGCAAUAAUGGUAUUUUGUUCUUACUAUGUAACAUUCCUUGUAAAUGACUCACUUCAAGAUCUUUGCGGUAUUUAGCGCCCACGCCACUUAUACAUUCCCUUUCAUUUAUCUGGAUGGAUAUAUUUCCGAUGCUGCCCAUCUUUUUUUCAUCAGGCUGUAAAUGCUUUACAUUCAUAUUUCGAUGGACCAGUUGUUCGUGAACCAAAGUAAUAAUGAAACAAAAAUAUUCUGGUGUGUUUGGUGCAGACCAGCAGCUAGAAUCAAUGAUGACCUUCAUUCUCAUCACGCCCCCAAUGCCCCUAUGCAGUCAUAUGGUUGUAUUAUAGACUGACACACUAAACUCUGGAUUAACAGAAAUGUGCAUUGAUGAUAACUGAUAAAAUCUUGAUGGUGCAAUCCCACAUUUGAUAAUAUCAUUUGACAAUGUUUGGCCUAUAUUAAUGGUUUACAUUGGAAUACCAGUAUGAAUUCAGGGUCUGUAUAAGUGGCAUUGAGGCAUCAUCUUUUACAAAACAAAUUAGUUACUGACAUAAAUGCAAAAACAGAGCAAAUACUGUAUACAAUUUAUUUCAUGUAUUUGUAAUCUGCUCUAAAUUGAUUUUAUUGCAAAUGAAUAUAUUUGUUAUAUUGCAGAGUAAUCUUCAUGAUAUUUACCAAAUAUUACCAUUGAGAGUUUUAUCAAUUCACACCAGCAUUCAAAGUACUUUUUUCCAGUUUCCAUCCUGUGUAAUAUUACCAGCACUCUGCAGAUUUGUUUCAAUAAUGCCUUCUUACAUAGGAGAAAAAAAUACAGAAAAAACAACUUACUUUUAUACAACUUUUUAUAGAAUACACUAUGUUCCAGAUUGUGUCUUAUGGAACUGCAAUACACUUUAGUUAUGCACCUUACUUUCAGCACAUAGGACUGACUAUACAAUCCAAAGAGAUUAUAUCUGAUAUGUAAUAUCCGAUAGUAAUAUGCAAUACUAUUCCCUUAAUCCUUAAAAUGACAGCAAUAACAAUGCCCAUCUUUAAAUCCCCUUUGUUUACAUUUCUUUGUCGGUAUCAUUUGGAAAUUUGACAAGUCAUUUUACAGUGGUUUUACUCUAUAGCUGCUUAAAUGGAGCAAAAAAAAAAAAAAUAAGAAAUGAACGUAGAGAAUUUUUUAUUGUUGACAUAUUGUGCCUCUCAUCUGAUAACAUAGUACAAUUAUGUUGGGGGGGAAACACUACAUUUUAAUAAUCAUGCACAAAUCUAAUUUUCUGUGAAACAUAUGUUGGGGUUUUUACACUAGAUUUCUAUUGUAGUAGUGUGCUUGAGUUUUUAGUAAGGUUAAUGUCUAUAUCCUAGUAGAAUUGCUUGAAUAUAUGCCAGAGUAGAGAUAACGUUUUCAGUUGUUGUGUGCAUUUAAUGACUAGAAGUAGACUCUUAAGAAUGAUUUGUAUAGCUAAAACUAUAGGUAGCAUAAAAUGAAGACUGCUUACGAUGCAAUGUACAAUGAAGAACUUCAAAUUAAUCAGAUUUAUUGCACUUCUUUUUCAAUGGACGCAUCAGAGCCCUGACGCAUUGCAGCUGCUGAAGUUAAAUUGCCUUACGGUCACAUUCUGGUUGUUUAGCAGACAGCUAAUGGGGCUUUCUGCCUCACUCGCUUUGCACUGUAGUUGAAAGCCAAAGUGAGUUUUUUCCAUAGAAAAGUGCUUUUUCAUAUGUAAAUCAUUGUUUGUUUGCACAUUGCUACAAUUGCUGUGCAUGUGUUGUGUCCCAAUGCUUCUCUAUGAGAAGCAUCCAAUUGAUUGCAAGUGCUCCUUAACAGGAGUUGGAUCUGGGCUUAAAUGUGGAAACUCUGUCGGCACUGGAAUAAAGCUAAGUUUUCAUGAUUUUUAAGCCAUCCAGUGCUGAAAAUUGGGCUCAGUAAUCUAAACAGUUUAAGGAACACACCAAUUUAAAAAAUGUAUGUAUUUUUUUAAUUGGAGUGUUCCUUUAAAAAUGGGAUGUUAAACUGUUUCUCCCAGUAUAUCUCACUUUGAGAAUUGUAGAUUUUCUAUGCUUAGCAGGCAAUUGCUUAUUAUUGUGAUCCAGUGUUUCCAGUGUUCAAUGAGGUGCUCUCUGUCCUAGACAAUGCCUUGAAACAGUUGAGCCUGUUAUACCGUGAGAAUCUUAGAACUCAAGAUGCUAUAUUUUAAAAGCAUAUCUGCAAAACCGAUUGUUACUGGUCACCCUUGAUCCGGCUAAAUCCCCCUCUGAAAUGAAUAUGGGCUAAAUUACAUUUCCUAGUACACAUUUUAGAGUUUCAAUGCAUGUGAAUAGCUAUUUUAUAUAUUUUUUUCAAAUAAUUCACCGCUCAAGUUUUCAUUCAUUUUGUUUUUUGUUUGUUUUCUUCUUUUUGAACCAAUUUAAUAAUAACUCCAUAUAUUUUGCGCUAACCUAAACAAAUGCACUUGCAGUAAAAAAAGGGAUAAUUAAAAUCUGUAGAUAUUAAAAUGUUAUGCCUGAAUGCUUGGGUUAAUACAUUGUAUACAUAACGUUAUUUGUUCUUAUCAUAUUGUUACAGAAACAUUUUUUGCUUUAUUUCUUGGAAGACGUGUCAUACUGCAAAGUAUUGUAUCAGCGAGUUAAAAUCAAUUGUUUGCUUCAGCCUGCUGCAAAAUACAGCUCUGUAGUCGAGAGACAUCAAGUAUUGAUUCACUAAGAAUACAUUUUGGUGAACUGGAGAAAUAAAAAUAUACAAAUUAGUUACUAAAUUAGCAGCACUGGAAAAAAAUCUGCUUGGCUACUUUUCCAAACCGACUACCCUGCUGUAAUUUGUGGAAUCCCUUUACCAGUUCACCAUAUUUAUUGGUUUAGUGAAUGAAUAUCAAGGCUUAUAAUAAUACUUGCUUCCCUUUCUAUUAGCAGAAAUAUAAGAAAACUUCUUAUUUUUUUGUUAACUUAUGUAUUUACAAAUUGUCAUUAGUAUUUUUAUUCAUUUCCUGUAAAUGCAUUUGAACUCCACUUGUCAUUGGUUGUGGGAUUUUACUAGUAGAUAUCUGCUUGCAUAAGCAGUUGGACAGGGGUAUGCCAAGCCUAUCCCUUCUUCAGGAUUAGGCGCCCCAGAUAUUGUGGACUACAUCUCUCCUACUUUUUCCCCACCAUUAUGGGAGAUGCAGUCUAUAACAUGUAGAGUGCCGAAGGUUGCCUACCCCUGCUUAUUUAAAAAAAAAAAAAAAAAAAAAAUCGUCUGCUGAGAGCUCUGCACUCCUGAAAAUUGUCCUUAAACGUUUUUAAAUUGUAUGUAUGUAUGGCCCUCCUAUAGUACAAAGAUAUAUGUUGGAACUCAGCACCAAUCUAUUGAAUAAUACGUGUAGGUUAACAGGACUGUUGCUGAAUAUUUUUUCUGAUCAGGUGUUUUGACUUUGUAAAUAGAGUUUACAUCUAAUACCAUUGCAGAUUUUUACUGAAAAUAUCAAAGUAUUUUAUUAGAAAUGACACAAAUCAAAUUGAAGGUGAAGGUGAAUGAAUAUGAUCUAACAUUCAUAAGAAUAGUUUUCUGUAAGUCUUGGAAAUAACUCCCUACUGGAUUUACUCUAUAAUAAAGAUGUGGUUAUGGAAUGGACUGAUUUUGUAAAGUUAUCAAACAUUCGGGAUAAUAUCAAUAAAUAUAAAGCAUCAGUUUGUUUACACUUUGAAAAGAAUGUGCCUAAUUUUUCUGCUUGUGACAAUUCGUAUGAAGAAAUGCUGCAGAUGUUGAAGAAUCUGUAGUUAAAGGGAAACUAACGUGAUAAUGAUAGCUUUGGUAAACUGAUAGAUCUUGAUUAAAUAAAAAGGUGACUUCAUGUUUUGUUUUUUACCAUUUUACUAUGUGAAAUACGCUGUAAGUAAGUUGUCAGGUGUAGGAUAUAGUCUUACCAUUUAUAAACUGUUAAAGAAGAACUGUUAUUUCCUCACUUUUAAUGCAAC